UGCGACGCAGAUGUAUGGGCUGGGCCUGCCAUAUUCCUCCAACAUUAUUUCAGAUAUGAUAGAAGUACUGUAGACUACCCUACAUUAAUUCGCCGCUCAGCUCCUCACUUUCUCUCUCAUCCUCUUCUUAGAAACUCCAUUUUCGACGGCGACUUCAUCUGAAAUCUCCUCUAACCAACCUAUCUUAAUUUGUCCAUUUUAGUGAAUAAGCAAAACCCUAUGAUCCUCGGCGAAGAAGGAGACAUCGAUCUCGAAGCAGUACAUCUCGAUUUAUGAAGGUUCACCCAUUUUUGAAGGUUGGGAUCUCCGAUUCACCUUGUCGUCGUCCUUGAAAUUUGAGGUCGUAUUUGGAUGCAAGGCUAGAUGGAGCGAAAUCAUGGGCAAUUGGGUGAACAUUUGUGAUAUUUGGAUUAAGAAGUUGUUGAAAUGUCCUCUGCAAAUAUAGGAUAUGUAGGACCAGGUAGUUCAAUGGCUUACAGUGAUCAGAAUGGUUCAUCUAGUUCUUUGGAUUGGUUAGGGAAAGAGAUGCUUGAAUUAAGACUCGGAGACCGAGCGGACCGCGCUGAUGAUAGGAUGCGAGCUGAUAAAUUGAAGACACAAAUCGAGCUUACAUUCAAACAGAUGAACACUGGUGGGACAGAGGCAGAAAGAGGUAGAGAAAACAUUGCCGAACUGGAAAGGGUCCAGCAAAUCAUGGAUCAGUACAAACUGCAAGCUCAACAACUGGAAGAAUUAGAAGUAAAGAAACGCACAGAAGAGUUGGCUGCGUUUGUAGCUAAAGAGCCUUCUCAUCACUUGCUACGACUUGGCCAUGAUUGUUGGGACGUUGCUCGAUACUACACUAGAAGCAAGAGAAACACUAGAAGAUUCUGGGCAACAACUAAUUUUUUUUUUUUUGUUGGGUGUCAAGAGAAACCGUUAGAUGGAAUACAUUGUUGUAGAUAUUUCAAGCUUUUGUAUUGUAAAAUUUAUGAAGGUACUGCCUUUACUUAUUUAGUCUUAUUGAUUUGA